GAAAAUUAUUUGUUAUUCACUGCCCCAUUCAUUAUGCGUAGGAUACGUCGACCAUUCUCGAAUACAACCUCACUGAAUCCACGAAUUCAUCCUAGACAUGAUCAUGAAGAGGAUGACAAUGAUGCAAGUAUGCUACACCAUCAUCAACACCAACAUCAACCUCAUCACCAUCACCAUCCAAGUGUAAAUCGAUUAGAUGAAGAAGAUAGACGUUCAACGCAUCGUUCAUCAUCUCAUAAUCCACAUGAUUCACAUCCUCACCAUCAUCAACACUCAAAUGAAUCGAAUUCAUCAGUGAAUAGCUCAAUUUUAUCGGAUCAAACAAAUGAAUUCUCCGUGCAGCAAGUGCAACAGCACCACGAACAACACUCAGUUGGAUCAUAUGCAACUGAUGAAUCUUAUAUAAAUUUAUUAAACACAUUAAAUAACUAUAAUACUACCACUCCUAUUACAGAUGAUACAAAUCCACAGAAAUACUCCCAUGUUAUCAAAGCUAUCCGUGAAGUAAUCUCUUGUUGUGCAUGUUAUGCAAGUGACACCCUAAUGAAAGAAUGUAUGAAUGGACAUUUAAUAUGUCAAAAUUGUUUUUUAACUCUACGACAAGAUGAAAGACCCCAAUGUCCAACAUGCCGGGCAAGCCUGUAUUCAGAUACACGACGUGCGCUGAUAGCACAAAAAGUACUCUCUGAAUUACCUGAUACAUGUCUCGAUUGUAAAACAACAAUGCUGCAUAAAUCUUUAAUAAAUCACCGACUUAAUCUAUGUCCUAAACGACGUGUUGCUUGUGGUUUAUCACCAUUUGGUUGUGAAUGGAUUGGUAAUGCUGAACAGUAUCAACAAAAACAUCAACAUGAAUGUGUAACACGUAAGCGUCUAUUGGAACAACCUAUCGGGGAUUACCUGGAUACUUUGUUGCAUCGUUUUCAGACAAGAGAACAAACAAUGCGUGAAACAUUCCAGUGUUUUUCAACUGUGCUACAUCAUUUGGAAGCGCAUGAAAUACAAACGACAUCGAUUACACUGUCAAGUAUUAAUAUCACGGAAACAGAUGUAUUAUAUCGUAGCGAUUAUUUUCAUUUAAACCAAUCAAGAUGGACUAUUGAAGUACUGAUUAAAUUUUUACCAGAACAAACUUCUACAAAUCAUACUCCUACUGAUACGAAUAUCAAUGCACCGUAUAGAUCGGAUUCGUCUACAAUUCAAAUGGAUUUAACUUUACCUUCAACAAAUCUUAGUGUUGAACAUGCUGAAUGUUCAAUGGAUGAAGACACAGAUCAUCCUCAUCAAUCCCAACAACACCACCAACAACAACAAGAACAGGAAGAAGAUCAGCCUCUUUUGUCAUCCUCAUCGACAUCCCCGUCAUCAUCAAUACGUAGACGUAGAAAUCAUUCUUCAUGCCUAUUUACGCGACAUCAUCCCUAUCAAAGAACAUUUAGCCUAACACAGAAUCAAACAUUUACACAUACAGAACAAUCGGAUAUAUCUAUAAAUGAGCGGAUAAUCUCUCCACGUGUAUCCCCUUGUAUAUCAAAUUCUAACUGGUAUGGUGAUAUUACCUUCAGGUUGAUUAAAGAAAAUAGUCCUGGUAUUGGACGUAAAGCAUUUUCAUUUGUAUUUCUCCAAUUAAAAGUACCUGAAUCUGGUGUACAUAUAUAUGCUAGACCACAGUUGCACACAUAUCGAUUUAAUGUUCGUGGGGAGCAUACACCAUAUUAUAAAAUAUUACCUAUACGUUGGAGAUAUAUAAAUAAUUUACGCGAAAUGAUUAAACAUCGUUUAAUUCAAGUAGAAGUGGUUAUUGCUAGAAGAAUUUCAGAAGAUCAUACAGAUAAUUAA